AUGAAUGAGGUAGAUCGCCAGUUUACGACCGACUUCAACGCUGCUGUUGAGCUCCGCGAGAAACACCAACUUAAUAAGUAUGUCGAGGCCUUGCGCAAAAUGCUCGCCCAUUACGCUAUUCCCAGAUACCACCGCAUCAGAUGUCUCACGAUGCUUGCAUGUUUGAUUAAAGACGGCAUACUAUCUGAGGACAUGCCAGUUCCGGAUGUUGAGGCAGAUGUGCUCCGUGCGAUCGCAGAACAUACGGGUGAGGUGGAUAUAGAUCGAGAGACACCUGAAGCAGAGGGAGAGACGGAUGACAAGGACGAAACAAGUGGCGAGGAUAUGAGCGAUGAAGAGAUGAGCAAAGAGGAAGACGAGGACGAGGAGUCCAAGCUCGAGGUUGAGACGAAAGUUGAAGACAAUAAGGAAGGCAAGGUCCCCAAGGUUGACGGGGCAUAG